UGCAACAAUAAAUGUUAAAAUAUAGAAAUAAAAUAAAAUACAAAAGAUGGAGGGAAUGAAGACCACAAGGUACCCCUAACAACAUUAAUUAAGCUUCUCCAUUUGGACACUUGACCCAUCUCUUAUUUAGUUGUUGACUAUACCGCAAAGUCGUAUAUAUAUAUCUACUCUCUCUUAGCCUCUUUUAUGAAUUUUGAUAAGAAUACCAUAAAUUGAAGGUAUCAAAUAUCCGUAAUAAGUGUAAUUACUGGCGUUCCUUUUUCUUGUUACGUGGAGCUAAAUUUUCCCACAUAUUUUCCCAAACCAACUAACAUAUCAUAUUAAAUGUGCAUGUGCAUAUACAUUUCGACCUUUUUCCCAUACUAUCUACAUUUACACUCCUCCCACCAUGGAGAAAAAUAAAGUGAGAGGGAACACAACUGACGAAUCAGCGGUGGUGAAGGCGGCGGCGUGGGCGUGGUACCAGCACGGGUCUGGAUCAGACGGAAACCCGACCCGAGAAUACGACGUCAAAGUGAGGUCACGUCACGUUCCUCGACCAUCACGAUACAGGCAGGAAUCCGCAAUGAUAAAGGCUAAAUUAGGAGUAAAUGUUCAUCUUGAUCAUCAUGAUUCAUCAAAACCAACGGUAGGGAGCUUAUCACUCCUUGACGCAUACGAGAUCCGAAGCAUUUCGCAGCAGUUGGAUUCUCUUAUACAGUGCUCUAGAGCCGACCACAGAGAGUGCAAUAAUGAUGAAGAAGCGUUCUCGGAUAAUUAUAUUACUAUUAGCAGCAGCAGUGGUAGAAGUAGUAGGGAGGUGAUAAGAAAAACGAAGUUUACAAAUUUGAAGAAACUAAUGAGAGGAUUUUGGCUAAGGAAUGCUGUAGCGGUGUGUAGCACAAGAGAAGAUCAAGUGGUGGACAUGAGAAGGAGGUCGGGGUUUCAACAGCGUCCACCGCGACCGGUGAGCCGUCUGAUUCCGGCUACCAACCGGCUAUAGGAUAAUGAUAGUAAUACUUCGAUGGAUGAUUAUUUAUUUAUUUAAUUACAUAUAUGUAUAUAUAUAUAUAUAUCUGUUUUGUGGAUGUAGAACUUUUUAAAAAAAAUUACAAACUUAUUCUAAUAAUUCCAUUCAUAGAUCUACAUUUUCCGAACAA